AUGCCCACCGAAACGUCAAAACAUUUGCAUAAUUCCUCAUCGAUAGGAGUCGGCUGCUGUCCAACACAAAGCCAAUAUCCGAGGCGGCGACCUCUCCGACCCGAUUCUCUCGUUUGGAAUACGGCUUGCUCGGCAGUGCCAAAUGCAAGCAUGAUGCAUGCCGAGUUUGGCUUUCCAACGCAACGUCUCACUGAGAAUCCAGGCAAUGAUCGCUAUUCGAGAAGUGAUUUUCGCGAGGAAUUUGCCCGACAAGUCGCCCAGGGACAAGCUGUCUACACACCAGGUUUGUCAAGUUCUGAAAUUGAUAUCAUUCUUUCAUUUUUCACGAGAAUUCACCUCUAC